GUUAUUAUUUCGCUAUUUUAAUCACGUUUUUCACAGUUUGUUGAUAUCGUUGAUUUAAAAUACAAUGCCCAAAUACAAUUAGGGUUAGGUUGGAUUAUGUGAGUUCUUUCUUUGUGUGGCGGUCCCCCGCUCACACAACUAAUACUUAGCAGAAACAUACACGAAAAAGUACCGUGGCCCGCACAGCGCAGUGGUAGCGCUCGAGACUCAUACACCUGAGGACCACAGGUUCGAAACCCACUGCGGCCAACAUCUUUUUUCCGUCAUCAAAAUACUUCAUAUCGUGGACAACGCUCCUCCAACGCCAAGCCGCCACAUUUGUACCUUUACGCAGAUAUGCUACAAUUUACACGUUCGAAUUGCGUGUGAGUUGAGCAUAAAAAAAUUUACGUGUUACAGUAUUAAAAAAGUACCACUGUGCUCCAAAAGAAAAGAGAGAUAUUUAUAAAAGAGGAAAUAAAAGCCGGUAGGAUUCAAGAGACAAAUUGCAAAACGAUUUAUUUCAAACGAUUUAUUUUUUCGAUUGAGGUUAGAGGUUGGUAGCACAGUUUAUUUAUCUUUUACGCUACGAGAAAAAUGGCAGAAGGUUUCGGAAGAGAACCACCGAUCUACAACGAAGAAACAACUGCGGGACAAUCUUUGUCGGACUUUUUACUGCAAUUGGAGGAUUAUACACCUACGAUACCUGAUGCUAUCACCGAGCAUUACUUGCAUACAGCUGGUUUCAGUACCACCGACCCUAGGAUAGUACGCCUAGUAUCUUUGGCUGCACAAAAGUUUAUUUCUGAAAUUGCCAACGAUGCGCUGCAACAUUGUAAGACACGUGGUGCUAAU